AUGUCCUCCCUGGCCGGCGCCCUUGACGCGCACAAUGUCUACGACGCGUCCAUGUCCUCUCCCAAGGUUGAGGACGACAUGGACGAUAGCCAACCAACCCUUGACAGAGAAGAUUCUCAAGAGGACGACAAGGAGGCACUCGAAGACCUAUUUGGCGAAGAUGAGGACGUGACCAUGGUGGAACACGAGAGACCGGCUUCAUCUGCUGCUUCCGAACACGCAGACCACGAGGAACGCCUGUCGUCUCCCGAGCGCCGCCACAGAGAACAACUGGAGUACGCAGAGGACGACGAGCCAGAGCCCGUCAUCGAACAUAGGUUAGAAGCAGAUGUCGCCAUCCCCAAUAUCCCCGUUCCCAGAAGCUCGGACGGCAACUAUUGGGUUAUCCGCAUGCCGAACUUUAUCAAGCUCGAUUCCAAGCCCUUCCAUCCCGACACCUACAUUGGUCCAGAACAAGAGGACGAGGACGCUCAGCACCCAGAAUUUUCUCGCGAGAAGAGCAUGUCCGUAAAGCUCAAGGUGGAAAAUACCGUUCGCUGGCGAUGGUCCAAAGACGAGUUCGGCCAGGACAGGAGGCAAUCUAACAGCCGAAUCGUUAGGUGGUCAGACGGUUCCCUGUCUCUCCAGCUCGGAAAGGAGUUAUUCGACAUAUCCCAGUCCAUUGACACUUCGGGCGCCGUUUCCCGACAAGCUCUCGGGAGCACUAGUGGUCCUCUCUCGCAAUCACAAUCCUCCCAAGCCAUCCCCUCCUUGUCACAGUCUCAGUCUCAGACUGCCGUUUCUGGCGCGGGCCACGCCCAGGGUCUCACCUAUCUCGUCGCUCAGCACAAGCGCGCCGAAAUCCUCCAAUGCGAGGCUGUCGUCACCGGUUACAUGUCCAUCCGCCCUACUGGCAUGCAGUCCGAGACCCACCGCAUGCUCGUACGGGCCGUGGGCCAAAAGCACUCCCGCGUCGCGCGACUGCGCAUGGCGCCAGACCCCACGAUGGACCCCGAACGCGAGAAACUCGAGCUCGCGAAAGCCGCGGCGCGGAAACCCCGCAAGUCGCGCGGGGGUGCGAGAGGCGAGGAAGACGGCUUCGGGGGCACACGCCGGCCGCGACACAGCUACACGCGUAAACGCACAGGAGACGACAUGUGGUCAGAUGACGACGACGACGACGACGACGCCGGCUUUGGCAGGGGCGGCUCUGAGGACGAGUACGGCGAUGAGGGCGCCGGGCGGAAGGGCAAACGCAAGCCGUCUAGGGACGAAAACGGUAAGAAGGGGCCGGGUGAGUAUCAGACGGACGACUUCGUCGUGGCGGACUCCGAUGAAGAAGACGAUUUCGGCGAUGGAGAGGCCACUCGGCGAAAGCGGAAACGGUCGGCCCGCGAAGAGAAUGAGGAGGAUGAUUUGGAAAAGUUGGAGGCGAAGAUCAGCCAAAACGAGGCCGAGCUGCGCAAGCGGCGUCAACGGGAUGCUAGCGGCGACCACGGUGCCGAAGACGAGGAUGCGGAUGCGGCCGCCGGCGGAGAAGAUGCGAUGGACGUAGAGUCCGAGGACGACGACGACGUUGGCGUUCGUCGUGGACGUGGGACAUCCGGCGGUAGAAAGAGGCGUGCGGUCGGGUUUGAAGAAGAGGAAGAAGAGUAG